AUGCCUUGGAAGUAUACGAUUCCCACUGAAAAACGCAAUCUUGCCAUUGCAGAGAUUGUCAUCUAUUCCCUCAUUCUCGUCGCCCAGUUCCCGAUCAGAUGUAUCCAAGAAUGGAGGUACUGGCAUCAUGGCAAGAACCAAAACUGGGCCCGUUGUAUAUUCUACUCCUGGUUCAGCAUGAUAGGGCUGUUGUCGCAGCUUCGGAUCGCUGGCUCAGCUAUGGUGCUGGCUUCCUCACACCCUGACAAACCAAUGCUCAUCGCCGAAACAUCCCUGCAAAGUGUUGGGCUGUCACCUCUUUUAUUUGAAGUCACUCUUGUUCUGCUCAGAUGUGGCCAAUCCGGAGAAUUCGGGCCCGGCAACUCGAAACAUCCCAAGACAACGCGCUUCGCUCUGCACGGCUUGCGCUUCCCCAUCAUUGUCGGCAUCGUGCUCACAAUCGUGGGCAAGAAUAUUGGAAUCCACGCCAUGGCAGUAGCCGGGUCAAUCCUGCUGGUCAUAGCGUUUUCCUUGGUUUGUGGUCUGGUCUCCUGGUUGGCGGUGAAAUCCCGCUCGACACUCUCUGUGACCGGUCAUCGAGGAGUUUGCUUGGUUCUGUUGGCUCUUCCGUUCCUAUUUAUUCGGGUCGUGUAUUUCAUUCUCCAGGCGUAUGGCGGUCCAAAAUAUGAGCCUGCGACGGGCGAGACGGGGAUCUUGGUUGGUAUGGGGCUUUUGAUGGAGAUCAUCGCUCUGGCUGUGCUUUUGGUAGCCCGAGCAGUGAUAGAACCAAUUUCUUUGGAUGAAGCGAAGACAAAUUGGCGAGUAUAA